GCCUGUUCGUUAUGGAGGAGGAGCUGCAGCAUUCACACUGUGUGAACUGUGUCAGCAGACGGUGCAUGAGCAGGCCAGAGCCUGGUGUCUCCUGUGACUUGAUUGGUUGUCCACUGGUUUGUGGAGCAGUUUUCCAUUCUUGUAAAGCUGAUGAGCACCGCCUUUUAUGUCCCUUUGAACGAGUGCCUUGCUUAAACAGUAACUUUGGAUGUCCAUUUACAAUGGCUCGAAAUAAAGUCGCUGAACAUCUAGAAAUGUGUCCUGCAAGUGUGGUAUGCUGUACUAUGGAGUGGAAUCGAUGGCCAGUUAGUUAUGCAGAUCGGAAAUCAUAUGAAAAUCUAAGCAGAGAUGUGGAUGAAGUGGCACAAUUAGAUAUGGCCUUGGCCCUUCAAGACCAAAGGAUGCUCUUAGAAUCUCUCAAAGUAGCCACUAUGAUGUCAAAAGCUACUGAUAAAGUAUCAGAACCUAGAGAGCAAAUCUCAGUAAAAUCAAGUGUCCCAGAAAUGCCACAUGCUAAUGGAUUGGUGUCCGUUGACGAAGAAUCUUAUGGUGCACUUUAUCAAGCCACAGUGGAAACAACCAGAAGUUUGGCUGCUGCUUUAGAUAUCUUGAAUACUGCCACAAGAGACAUUGGCUUGUUAAAUGCAAAUCUCGGUGCUUCCACAAAUGAAAUGAAUGAAGAGGAGAAUGCUAGAGAAAGAAACUCAAAAGACCAAGACCAUCUUUAUGCAGAUGAAAUAGGAGCAAUAGGUGGAGUUGACUGUCAUGACAUCAGUCAGAAUGCCCAGUCUGAACAAAAUGGUUCAAGUGAUUUAUUAUGUGACUUGAAUAUCAGUUCUUGUGGAACUUCUACUCUUUGUAAUGGCUUUCCUUUGGAAAGUAUAUGUACAGAGGUCUUAGAACAGAAUCAGAACUUACUUGGUGAUUCAAAACAAAGUAACUUAACAAAUGGAGAAUGCGUAGCAUCAGAUGGCAUUUCAGAACCUUCCAGUUCACUUUCAGUUGCAGCACAACUUAGGGAAGUAAUACCAUCUAAUGCUUUGCCUAAUGGUACAGUUCAGCAUAUACUCAUGCCAGAUGAUGAGGAUGAAGGAGAAGUGUAUUGUAGAAAAGUAGACUUAGGGGACUUGAGGAAUGUGGAAGUCUUAUCUUUCAAUCAUAUCCCUUCAUUCAAAUUUCUUACUAAUUCAUGUUGGUCUAAACCAAAGGAAGAUAAAGCAGUAGAUACAUCGGAUUUGGAAGUUGCUGAAGAUCCAAUGGGGCUCCAAGGAAUAGAUCUCAUCACAGCAGCAUUAUUGUUUUGUUUAGGAGACUCUCCAGGUGGGAGAGGUAUAUCUGAUAGUCGCAUGGUUGAUGUUUAUCACAUUGACUUUGGGACUCAAACUUUUUCGCUUCCAUCAGCAAUAUUAGCUACAAAUACAAUGGUUGGGGAAAUAGCUUCAGCUUCUGCUUGUGAUCAUGCCAACCCACAACUUUCAAAUCCAAGUCCUUUUCAGACACUUGGGCUGGAUUUAGUAUUGGAAUGUGUCGCUAGGUACCAACCCAAGCAACGCUCAAUGUUUACAUUUGUUUGUGGACAGUUAUUUAGAAGAAAAGAAUUUUCUUCACAUUUUAAGAAUGUGCAUGGUGACAUUCAUGCUGGACUCAAUGGCUGGAUGGAACAGAGAUGUCCUUUAGCAUAUUAUGGUUGUACCUAUUCUCAGCGUAGAUUUUGUCCAUCAACACAAGGAGCAAAAAUUAUACAUGACCGCCAUUUGAGAUCAUUUGGCGUUCAGCCAUCCGUAUCUACAGUAUUAGUGGAACCUGCUAGAAACUGUGUCUUGGGAUUACAUAAUGACCAUCUAAGUAGUCUCCCUUUUGAGGUCCUGCAACAUAUUGCAGGCUUUCUUGAUGGCUUCAGUUUAUGCCAGCUCUCACGUGUGUCCAAGUUAAUGAGGGAUGUGUGUGGCAGUCUGCUUCAGUCACGUGGAAUGGUCAUACUGCAGUGGGGGAAAAAGAAGUACCCAGAAGGAAACUCAUCAUGGCAGAUAAAAGAAAAGGUAUGGCGAUUCAGUACUGCAUUUUGUUCUGUUAAUGAAUGGAAGUUUGCUGACAUCCUAAGCAUGGCUGACCACUUGAAGAAGUGCAGUUACAAUGUUGUAGAGAAACGGGAGGAAGCAGUCCCAUUGCCCUGUAUGUGUGUGACGCGGGAGCUCACUAAAGAAGGACGCUCACUUCGCUCAGUUUUAAAACCUGUACUUUAAUAACUGUCACUCCACUUGCACAUACAUGCAAGCACCUAGCUUAAUUUCUUUGUAAUAUGAAACACUUUAUUAAUGUAUUAAAUAUUACAACAGCUAAAUUUAUUGUCACUAUGUAUAUACUGUUUUGAAGUGACAUAUAUUUUUAUAAAGUACUGUUUAGUUGGAAAAAAGUUGCCUUAAUGUUUGAGAUGUGUGAAAAUUUUGAAACUUGCUGGACAGGGUGAUUUAAUUUUUAGCCACAUAGUAAACUGUUUCAAACUGAGUAUGUUUAAUGGUGUGCAUAUUUUGGUUCUUAAUUUUUUUGCUUCUACUUAAACUUACAUGAUCCUGACCAAUGUAAGUUUUACUUUACUUCUCAUAUUUUCUGUGGGUUACAACCCAUGCAUUCAAAAAGCAAAACUUUGAUUCAGAAUUUUGUCAUGUAGGUUUUUCAGAUAAAAAAAAAUUCAGUUACUUAAGCACUGCCAUAAGAUCAUUAUAAAAUUUUUAUUUUCUAGUGUUCCCUCUCACAGUUGAUUGUUAAUACAUAGAUGAUCUCUAAUAUAUACUUACAUUAAUAUAUAAAAUGAUAACUACUGCUUGGUAAUUCCAUUUUAUUCACAAAAAUGUUUUUUGUGUGUGUCUUAGAUUUCUGUAACUAUACAGGAGUGACCCUCUACAAUUCUCUAUAUGUUAAACACCAUCUCCCGAAACUCAUGGCAGUGGACUAUAUAUUAGGUUAAUACAAAAACAAACAAAGAAACCUGUGAGUUGACCUUAGUUUGAAAUGUGGUAUUAUGUAUUUUCUAUUUGGAAAGAAGAUAAUAAUACUUCACAUUAAGUUUGAAUUGAAUUUAUUUUCUGAGUGGGCUUCAAAUAUUCGAAAUCCAAAGGGCUUAACUUUUUUUUAUAUGCAUUUAAAUUUUUUGCCCUUGGUGUUCAUAAAAGUCACAGCUAUGUUGAUUUAAGGCAUUUAAAAUUUUAAUGUGAAACUUGGUGUCUUGCUUGGUAAGAUGACAAUCAUGAAAUGCGAUUGCCCAUUUGAGUUGACAAUCUUUUUAAAGCAUUUCCAGAUUAAUUUCCUGUAGACUUUAACAAAAAAGUAAGAAUUACACCCAUGUAUAAAGAUAGCAGUAUUACA